AUGGCUUCGUCAGGACCUAUAGCGUCCGUAGCACUACCUACAACGACGCUCAAGGCGUCCGAGUUUGAUCAUCUGGAGCUCGAUCCCACCAAGAGCGAAGGUUCGGGCAUUAGCGAUGAAGUCGACUGGACCGACGAAGACGAGACGCGCAUACGAAGGAAGAUCGACAGACGCAUAGUGCCCUUGGUCACCGUGCUCUAUCUUCUAUGCUUCCUCGACCGAGCAAACAUUGGCAAUGCCCGCAUCCAGGGGAUGGCCGUCGACUUGGACCUGGUCGGCUACCGAUUCAACUGGGCACUGAGCGUUUUCUACAUCGUGUACCUGCUCGUCGAGGUGCCGAGUAACAUCCUUCUGAAGCACGUUGGCCCAAAGCUCUACAUUCCGAUGCUGGUCAUGGGCUUCGGUUUCGUCUCGAUGUGCACGGCUUUCGUCAAGUCGUUCAACACCCUCUGCGUCGCAAGAGCCUUUCUGGGCAUCUUCGAAGGCGGCACCAUGCCGGGAAUUGCAUUCUUCCUCAGCACUUUCUACAAGAGAAGAGAAUUGUACUUCAGAAUCGGCAUAUUCAUCUCGGCGGCUUCGAUAGCCGGUGCUUUUGGCGGUCUUUUUGCCACUGCUUUGGCUCGCAUUCCUCGAUGGGGUACAAACUCGACACCGAUCCACACAUGGAGGAAUAUCUUCUUCUUUGAAGGCCUGCUCACCAUGCUCGUCGCGGGUGUCGCUCCCUUCCUGAUGCCUUCCAAUCCGCAGACAUGCAUGUUCCUGACCGAAAGAGAGCGGCACAUUGCCCAUGAGCGUCUGAUCCGUGAACAUCGAGCGGAUCCGCACGAGCGAGUACGACUGCGGCACAUCAGGGCCGCCAUCUUCAAUAUCAACAACAACAUUGCGGCGCUGGGCUUCUUCAUGAUCAACGUUACCGUGCAAGGAUUGAGCAUCUUCCUCCCGACCAUCUUAAAAGAUCUCGGCUGGACCUCAACAAAGGCCCAGUUGUACUCGGUGCCGCCGUACGUCGCGGCGUGUCUCGUCGCCAUCGCCAUCGCAUACAUCAGCGACAAGACGCGCAGGCGAGGCGUAUACCUGGCGCUCUUCACCGUUCCGCCCAUCAUCGGGUUCAGCCUGCUUCGGUGGAACACGAACCCCAGCAUCCGCUACAUGGCCAUCUACUUCAUCACCACCGGUGCGUUCCCCGGCGGGCCCGGCUUCAUGUCCUGGGGCAUCAACAACAGCGCCGGUCCCGCGACCAGGGCCGUGGCCACGGCGUACAUUGUGUCCGUCGGUACGGGAGGAGGCGUGUUGGCAACUUGGACGUACCUCGUUCGCGACGGACCCCGCUACCCGAUCGGCCACUCCAUCAACCUGGGCGCCCAGGUCAUCGUGCUCGCCCUCGCGACGUUCGGCAUCCUCUACAAUCUGCGCGAGAACCGCGUCCGCGCCGCGGGCAAGCGCGACCACCGCCUGGAGGGACUGACGGAACAAGAGAAGCGGGAACUGGGCCACCAUCAUCCCGAGUUUCGGUACAUUCCGUGA